GUUCUUUUGUCCUUGUCCAUUUUGGAUUUUGAUUGGGUUUGUCCGUUUUGAAAAAGUUGUUCCCCUCGCCUCGCCCAUCCCUCGCCUAUUUCCGUCUCGUUUCGCCUCGUUUUGCUUUGCUUCUUUCUUGUGUCGUGUAACCAUAAAAAAGAAAGGGAGUAACAUCCUGUAAUUCGUGAUAAUUGUGCCUCAAAAUAAAUUAUUGUUCAAUAGAACAACAAAAAAAUAUAUUUGGUUUCCAGCGUAAUGUCCUUGUGUAAAGUUUAUGUUUCGAGUUUAUGACAUGCAUGACAUGGGAACGUCAUUCAAAUAUUUUGUCUGGCGUCCGCGAAUUGAAAUUGUAAGGUGUAAGGGCGGUGAUGUUUGUUAAUUUAGUUCAUGUAAGAUGGGUUGAUUGGGGUAGUACAUAGUAUAGGCAGGUUAUUUUAUGUGUAUUGUGUAAAGUGAUUGGAAAUUUUAGUAGGUCAAACCCGGACGUAAGUUGUGUUUCGGUAUGUGGCACAGUCAGGCCGUGUUAUGAAUGAGGAGGCUCUGUUAGUACGGGCUUCCGAGGAGCGGGAGCGUAUCUUCCAGAGGUACGAGCGUGGCCGAGAGAACCUAGCCGGCCAGAUAGAUCCUUGGGAAGACCCUGAAUUUGAAGAGUAUCACAAAACUGACAGAUAUGGCUUCAUUCACGACGAGCGGUUGCCGCAGAAAACGGCGCCUCAAAAGAUCAACGUCGAGGUGGAAAGGGAAAAGAAAUGGGUGAAAAUGCUCGCCACGUGGGACUCCCCCGCCACGAAGGAGAAACUACACAGGCGGAUAUACAAGGGCAUUCCAAAGUCACUGCGAAUGAAGAUAUGGUGCAAAUUACUCGAUAUAAAUAGAGUUAAAUCAGAGAGUCCCGGAAAGUACCAAGAAAUGUUAAAACUAGCGAAGCAGUGGUCCACAGACGUAAGACAAAUAGAUUCAGAUGUCAACAGGCAGUUUCGAGAACAUCAGUUUUACAGGGAAAGAUAUUCGGAAAAGCAAUGUUCCCUGUUCAAUGUGCUAUGUGCCUACAGCAUUUACAAUUCAGAAGUUGGUUACUGCCAAGGCAUGUCCGGCUUGGCCGGUGUUCUUCUAAUGUACAUGGAUGAAGAGGAUGCCUUUUGGGCUUUAGCUAUACUCUUGUCAGACAAGAGGUAUUUGAUGCACGGAUUGUAUGUCGAAGGCUUCCCAAAGUUAACGAGAUUCCUGGAACAUCAUGAUAAAAUACUCACAAAGUUCAUGCCAAAAUUAAAACACCAUUUUGAUAAAUUUGGUUUGGAUGCAAUACUUUAUUCUCUCAAAUGGUUUUUUGUUUGUUUCGUCGAGCGAGUGCCCUUUAGUCUGUGUUUGCGAGUGUGGGAUAUAUAUUUGUUGGAUGGUGAAAGAGUGAUCACUGCUAUGGCCUAUACGAUACUCAAGCUUCACAAAAAAGCAAUCAUGAAGUUACAUGAUAUGGAUCUGAUUGUUAAUUAUAUUCAGGUGAAGCUUCAUAAAGAUUUUGGAUAUGACGACGACAUUGUUAUAUAUCAUCUCGAACGCUCAAUGGAUGAGCUGAAGAGAGCGAAGUUAGACUAUCCAGGACCCCCACCACCCAGUGAGCUACCAAAACGUGCACUUGGCAUGUUUGUUGAGCCAGACAAGAAAUCCAAAAUUGGCCAGCGGGCUGAGAAUUUUUCAGAGACUGAAAAGCAAGCUCGUGCUACUGUGAUAUUAAGACGAGAAAAAGCGGCAAUGGAGUUGCAGGAACUACGCGUAUCGCAAAGCGACACAGUUUCAGAACACAGCGGGGUGGCGGGAGGCGUUCGUUGCGACGACUCCGUGUCGGCCUUGGGUUCUAGACGCUCCUUGGCCGAUACCAGUGUGACCAGUACAGCGGACCUGAGUGUGUUUUCUAGUGGAAGAUCCCAUGCCCCGGAUAAUUCACUGGACACGCAUAGCAACGUUAGCGACGAUGGCACUGGGUCAGAUGGUUCUGGAAUCUGCGGCCUAAGUAUACAGAGGGCGCCAUCGACGACGCACUCUACCCCGCGGGCCACGCCUCAUCCGCCCUCUGUCUCGCCGCUUUCUGAUGACGUCGUUCGUAUACAUGUCACGUACAACCCACUCGCUGCUAGUCCAUCCCACUUGCACCCAGUUAGUCCCUCCAAGUAUAAGGCCUACGCCGAGGAGCAUCACAAACCGGUCACCUUAGGCUUCUACCAGGGUAACGGAGCCAACAACCUUCCUUCAGAUAACAGAAUUAGAAUACAAGUGCCCUCUGAAGAACUCUUGACACCAGUCGUCGACUCUGGAAGAAUAAUUACCCCACGAUAUAUAGAAUCUCAUUCGGAUGUGUACGAUCUGAAAUAGUAUGUCAAUUUAUAUGUAUGUGUUGCACGUUAAUAAGUCACUGAUUCGCAGCGUUUAUAAUUGUUAGUCCUCGAAACUUAGAGUUAAGGUACGGUCACAUCUACACAUUAUGCGGUUGCAGUGGUGUAGAUUUCUUGAAAUAAUCUAAAAACACAUGUUCUUAUUUGUGUAAACUAGUGCACUUAUAUACAAAUCAAAUAGUUUUACAGAAAAAAUAUUUGAGGAAAAAGUAGAAAAGUUUCAAGUACAGGCAAAACAUAAAUUUUGCAUAAGUAGAGAUUACUCUUUUCACAUUAUCAUCUAUUAAUGUCGUUAUUCUAGGACGAUGUUUUUUUUUUAAAUUUCUACUUCGGGACUUUGUUCAUGUAGGAAUUUACAAAUGUUAUUUCAUCCUAAGAAAAAUAACAUUUUCCAGAUGUCACAUUUGUCGCAAGAUGCCCUAAAACUGAACCCAAAUUCAAGUGUGAAGAUGUCAAAAUGAUAAAACAUAAUAGACAUAUUCUACUAGCUCCAUGCGUAUGAAUUUCAAAAUUAAUAUGUAGGUAUUUAAGUUAUUAUUUCAUUCUGGUUACAAACAAAAAUUAUUAAAUUCAGUUUAUAAUAAAAUUUAUUAAAAAAGUCACCUCUGCCGCAAAAAGGAAGGCAUAUGUUUAGUCUCUGACCGAAAAUUUUAAUAAUUUAUUAAUUGCUACCGCGAAAGUAUUUUUUUUUAUUAAGUGCACUGCGCAUGGGUGGUAAUGCACAUAAAUGAGUAUUACUUUCUAUAAUAUGUAUGUAUAACUAAGCGACUUUGUAAGUCAAUUUGAUAUUAAUUGUUGAACUUUAUACACUUAGGAUAUACAACGAAGUCUAUACUGAUUUUCCAUCCUCCAACAUUUUUUAUAAAAUAGUUUAGAAGAUACAGUUUCAGAAAGACGUCUAAUGUUAUGAAUUUAUCAUUGUAUUAGGUGUUUAUCUUUUGCAAGUUGAAUAAGACAAAUUAUUAACUUAUAACGAGAAUAUAAAGUGUUCACUUACUAAGUACUUAGUUGAUAUAUUUAGUAAAUUAUAACUCAAACUGUACUCCAAAAACUAUUUUGCCAAAUGUAAAUGAUAAGUUUCCUAUUUCACUUGUAUUUUGGUUUAACUUUAUUUAAAUUAACAAUUUUGUAGGGCCAAAAGUUUAGAUGUUGUAAUUCGAUACUCAAAACUAAUCUCAUUAUAUUUACACAUUUUAUUUGCAGAAAUAUACAUUAUGUGAUUAAGAAAAAAGCUAUAAUAAACGUAAUAGAAUUUACAAAAGCAAUAUAACACGUCUUAGUGUAACAUAAAGAGAGAAUAUUAGGAUAUUAUUCAAGUUUUAAAUCAACUGUGUAGUUAAUUUUGUAAGGUAUAUACGCAAGUGUUUAUAUUAUUUUUGAUAUUGAUAUAAGCUAAAUAAAUCAUAACACCAAUCCAUCAUCGUGAAAUCACGGUGAGCACUUUGUCGGAAGGAUAUUGUGUAAAGGCGGGGUCGCCAUCGGAGAGUGAUGUAUAAAGUUAGCACUGACAGGGCCGCCAUGUGAGGUUGAUAUCAAGUGAAAGGUUGGGAAUUUCGAUGAAGAUUUCCUUAUAAUAUCUUUAGAUUUGACGUAAUAGAAGUGCUGCGCAUUAGGACAUGACAUUAUUUGAGUAAUCUUGAUGUGAAAUUUAUACAAAUUGUUUAAUUUUAAAAAAGAAUGGGGCGCUAUUUUGUUUGAUAAACAUAUAUGUAGAUUGAUAAUUAUUUAAUAAAUGUGGCCUAACUGUUCGGUGUGUUCUUCAAACUAACCAAAAACCGUUCUUCAAAAUAAACAAAAGCCUCUUUCCCGCUAAAGAAUGCGUCAACCAUAAAAUUCUGUGUGAUGUCAUACUUGUUUAUUAAAAAUGACUAAUGUCCCCAUAAUAUUGGAAUAUACUAUUGAUGGAAUUAAACUUUAACGAAAAUAUUUAAAUUCUACUACAAUUAUUGAUGUUUAAAUUAGGAAGACGAUAUUAGGCAAUUUCCCUUAAGGGAUAAACAGUCAUAAUAUGUGUAUAUUUUUAUAGGUUUUGGGUGAAGCGUUUUUGAGCUUCACCACUAAGUAUUGUUAUUCACUCUUAAGAUUAAUGGUUCUUAUAGUGAAAUCGAUUUUAAGCACACGUUCUAAGAGUUAGAUGAAUUCUCUUCCCUUGAUAUGAAGGAUGGUGCGAUGAUAAAACUAUUUACAUAUAAUAAUGAAAAAAAAAAAACAUAGAAAGCUUGCAUUCAAAAAUAUAUUACGCACUUCCAAUACUUUAGGUAUUGACUUGUACUAAACUUGAUAUUAAAGACAAUGUUUAGUUAGUUAGCUUCAAUCGUAUCUUAAAAUGUUCGAUAUCAUUGGGAAAUCAUAAUCAAAUUCGAAAAACGAAUCGUCAUCCAUUGAAAAACCUUCCUCAGAAUUCGGUGCAAGAUUGAACACCAAAAGUUUUUAUAGCACGAAUAAAUCAAACCUCUGAUUUAGUCAAUGUUUGUACCGUAUUGUGUAAAAGAAAAUAUGUACAUGGCUCUAGGAAAAGCACUCUUAAUGUAUUGUAAACCGACUUAUAUAAGUAUGUGUAUUAUAGUUAACUAGUUGGUUGCUAGAUGUUUAUAAAGAUCGUAUUUAUUGUAAAAGAAUUGUAUUGCACCUUAUAUUAAUAACAAGUAUAAUAGCAUUCUUCUUUUAUUUUUGCUAGAAUAGAAAUCGCAUUUAGGAUCUUGGAAGUCGUUAGAGUUAGACAUUAGCCGUCUGUUCCGAGGUGGCUCUCUGAAACAUUAUCUCCUGUUUAAUUAGUACCAUUAAUCUUAUGAAGAAAUGUCUCUAAAAGGGAGAGACAGCAAACAUCACGUUUGGAAAUUUGAGCGAAGCGACUCAUUUAAUGGAUAUAAGCAGCGCUUAGCAGUCGCUUCAAUGAGUAACGAAACCUUGGGUUGGCGGCUAAUAGUUGAAAUAAACCUUUAAAUAUUACGAAUUACUAAACUUUCAGUGAGAAAUGCAAUAAUGUCAGUAAAACUGUUAAGUGAGAUCUUAGAAUUAAGGUAUUUAUAUGCGAUAUUGUUGUACAUAUUGAUGUACAUAUUGCUGAUACACCAACCGUAUUGGGUAUAAAUCUAAUUGCGAAAAGUCGUUUUCAAAUAUUCAAUGCUAGUUUCAUAAGCUUGUCAAAGUAGGUAUAUAUUUAUUUAAUAGGUAUAUUGGAUGUUCUGCAGAUCAUGUAUUUCUUAUAAGUAAAUUGUAUCACCUUAAUGGUCUUUGGCUCUGAUAAUAGUGCUUGUAAUUCUCCAUGAUACCUAUAAAACGUAAUCGGAAUAACUAGAAAGUUGUGACUCAAGUUGUGACAAAUGUCAAAAAUAUCACCGAUUGAUAAUAAUCUUCAACCAUUAUAAUUAAAACUCAAUCAAAUAUGUAUAUUAUUUUUAAUUCACUUUUACAAUUUUUAAUAGUAUUACCUUUAUUUUACUGGUCUGUGUUUCGUCUGAAAUGUAAAACUUCUCCUUAUACGGUUGAACCCACCUGUUUAUCUUACAUCGUAAAAUUUUGCUAAGCGCCAUGACAGCCGUAAUAGUUUUACUUAUUUCUUUUUUAUUUUUAGUAUCGUUCCGUCCUGCUGUCAUUGUAUCUAAGCUGCAUUUUAUUGGGAAAUCCAUGCAUAAUGAUCUUGAAGUAAAAACUAUCAAGUUUGCUAUUUUAGUGACGAUAUCAUGUAGUUAAUUUGAAAUUUUAAAAUUAUGUCGACUGUAAAAACAUGUAUAACCCCAAUGAAAAAUUAUAUUUGAAAUGUGUAGUAAUAUGUAAGUAUGUACGCAUGCAAUGUAAGUAUGGCGUCACAAUUUAAAGGCACAAUGUUUACAUUUAUAGGUACCUAAUUUGUUGGCUGUACGACACCACAAGUCAUAUAUUUGCAUAUUUAAGGGUUGUGGCAAUAGCAAUAUUUUAUAACUGACAAUUAUCAAAAUUGUUAGUUUUAAUUUUGAUAAUUAUCGUGUUAUAUACCUACUGCUAAUUUUCGUAAUAAUCCCUAGUAUAACACAUUACAUCAUCUAUCCGAAUAUAAAUCGCUGGCGAGAAAAUAAUAUUGAUUCUGACCAUAUGGUCAACUUAGCAAUUAAUAAUAGAUUUUAUUGUAGAAGUUGUAGUAACCAAAGUAAAUACUGCAAAUUGUUAUAAGAGAUGUGAUAUUGUGAAUACGCCGAAUAGGUUCGUUGCUAUCGCGACCGUCAAUGUCGAACAUUCAUGGAAAUUGUGAAAUGAAUAUUGCAAGCAGCAUUUUUAAAUACUUACAGCCAUUCAUCCCUUAUGUGAUGUACAAGUAAUUGACCUGUGGUGCUAACCGUUAAAAUUAUGGCAACCUUUUAAAAUAUAAUAACUGUAGAUGGACGUCCAAAGUUUUGUUAAAAUGUGCCAUUUCUAAAAUUUAAGCAUAAUCUGGUAAGCCACCGCAUUUUAUUUUUUUUUAUCAUUUUUGUAAGUGCUUCGCUUGAUUAAUUAUAUAAUCCGUAAUAAUUUAAUAGUCUUUUAUAAAUUUAAGUUCUUUAUUCCGAAUAACGCAAGAUUUAAAAUGAUUUUAACGUGUAGUUGAUAUUGCAAACUUAAAAAUUUUAACGAUGACACUUAUUGUUAAAAACGUACAAGUAUUGACCAUUAUUGUUAUAUACUUGUAUGGAUGUUUGUAGUUACAUUUAGUUAUUUAAAAGAAUAUUUUUCUUUUCUUUUGAGAAUUAUAGCAACGAGUAAAGCAAUUGUUUUGUUUUUCAUUUAAUUUAUUUAAUAAAGGAACCGUCAGAAGUGUUUUAACAGUCCGUUUCUAGGUGUGGGUUUAGGUAGUUUGCGUACCUGCCGUGGGCAUGUACUACUACUACUUAUGACUCUUUUCUGAGUAAACCUGCGCAUUCUGGAAACCAGAACAUACCAUUAUUCAAACUGGCCAAUUUAUGUAACAUAUGUAUAUAACACUUCAACAAACUUUAGUAAUUCUUGUCUCAUCAUAGUAUAAGACGCUGUUGGCUGAGAACUAGGAUAUAAUUUGGGCAUGUUAUAAAGACCCGUUAGAUACCUGAUACCUUUUGUGUGUUGGUACUAGGAAAGCUGUUCAUAAAAAUAAAACCAUAUAAAUAUGUAUUUACUUCAUUUGUGUAUAUUCACAGCAAAGGUAUUGCGCGUAUUAUGCAUAAAAAUAACAUCAUUAAACUGAUAAUACAUACAGGCAUUUUUCAAAACAACAGAUAUCAGUCGUGAAUAAUUCCUAUAUGUAAGUACUUUGUGGCAUUUAAACUGUUAUACGGACAAUCGUAUCAAAUAGGAACUUUUAAUUAUAAUAAAUUAAUUUUUAAUCGGCAUUCAAUAAAAUUGUUGCAUUUGUUCUUUAAAAUACAUAAUUUUGCAGAAUAUUAUAUAAAUCUUAUAGUAAGGAUAGUAUUAGGACUCGUUUCAAUAAAUGUAAGAUUUGUAGAGAGAGGUUAUCACAGAGCAAAUCAAAAUAGCCGACGCCGGCUUUUUAAGUCUCUGCAAUAUUACCAAUUUUUUCGUUAAUACUAGUAAGAUUUUUAUAUAAAAAUCGGUGAUAAAAGUACUAUUUUCAUAAACAUUAAUACAUUGGUUAUAAUAUGUGUAUAAUUAAUAUAAUGAUAAAAAUGGAUGCAAUUCACCUCUGCAUAUCAAAGCACCCAUUAAUGAAAACUGCUCUUACGCAUAAAAAUUGAACAAGUUGUAAGUAAAUAUAAAUUAUUUGUAAAGUCCAUGAUUUAAAAUAUACUUCGACAAAUAACAUCAAUCUUUGGAUACCUAUUCAAUAUCUAUUUUGAAGGCCUCUUUUACAAAGAGUAUACAGUCAUGCAAAUUAAAAAAGCAAGAUUCUAAUCUGACCCAAAUGUAAUAUUUUAAAACCUAUUAUAUAUUUAAUAAGAAAGUCGCAGAUAGAUUCUUUAUGUAGUAACUAUAUUAUUAAUUUUAUUUGAUUGGGUUUGUCAAUUUCCUUUUAAACUCUGUUUCUUAAUCUGGAUAAUAAAGCAAUUCUGCGGUCUUCAGUCAUUUAUCUUAAUAUAUAAUGAACAAAGAAGUCACCUUUAAUCUAGAUGUCAUCCAACACAAACAGAGAUUAAUUCCAGUUUCUGAUGUAACGAACACAGAAUUGCUUUAUGUAAUCAUCUGGAUUGGAAAAUGUGUAAAUUUAUUUUACUUUGAUAUUUUUGUUUAGGCAAUACCCUAUAAAAAUAGUUUUUUAUAGAGUAUUGACUGUUUACCCAAUAAAAAUAGGUCUUAAAAAUCUUUUUACCUAAUAAAAAUAUCAAAAUUCAACUACGAACAUUCAACGUUAUUACUUUUAAUUUACAUAAGUAUUGGAAACUUGAAACUUGAUUUCCCAUUUAAAUGUAAGUAGAUACCUACUCACUAAACAUUCCUAAAUAAAAAAUCGAUCUGUGCAAUCACUAAUUACUUAAAACUAAAUGCAAUGACAGCCUGUUUCCGAUAGCUAGUUGAUUAUAAAAUAACCAUGCACACAAAACAGUUAUAUAGGUAAUGAAAACAUUUACCCUUUAUGUAACAAAAUACAUUUUCGCCUCUUUAGGCUUUACCCUUGAAACCAUUUCAUUCAACGACUUCAGAAACCUAUAUAAUCA